GACUGAUUCCUCUCAUUCUCUUUCUUACACAGUAGCUUGAUUCGCGUUGACUUGAUUGCAUGGGUAUUACCUGGGCAUUGCAUACUGGACAUCACAUCAUUAAACUUUUCAUUUGCGAGCUGCAAAAAGAAAAAAAAAGCAAUUCAAGGCAGAUAGGAGGAAGAAGUGAAGAGCAAAGGGCUUUUUUCUUUUUUUUUUCUUCGAUUGUCAUUGAUUAACCCAUCUACCCAUUAUGAACGAGCCAUGGUAUCAGGGGCACCGCCCUAGCGGCAGGGAGCAAGAGGAGCGAGGGGAUUAUAAGUCGCAGGGCAGUUUCCUUGAAGCAAUGCAACGAACCAGGAAUGAUGAGCACUUUUCAGAGUUUCUAUUCGAAAUAUUCCUCUAUGAACUUGCAGCUAGACUGGGAACGAGCUCAGGCGCUUCAGCUGUAGUACCUCUUCAACUUCUAUUGCGAUCAACCUCGCUAGCGGCUUCAUUCAUGGCAGAGUACAAUGCCGGGUCCGAAGCAGAAGCGAGGAAGACGAGGGGCGAAAGGUAUCAACCAGAGCCACAGGGACAACCCAAAGACACUCCAGAGUUCUGUCAAAUGUUUGUUGCCACCGCUCCGUAUGCUUUAUCGCCUGAAAAUGUCUAUCGUUAUUUGAAGGACGAGUGGCGAGUGAACCGACUGUUCACUAAAGAGAUCAAAGUCAACAAUGUUACUUGCACAUUGCCUGAACUGACCCCAGAGGAUCAUAAGCACUUCCAACAACAAUAUGCAAAGAUCAGACCAGAGUUCCAGGAUCGAUUCUCGGUUAUUGUUGAUGGCUGUCGCAAGUUUAUAUGGUACCAUCAAGGAUCAGGUGGUGGUUCUGUGCUGAUGAGCAAUGAUAUGGUGGGAGUUGAGAAGUACACGAGCAAGUAUAAUGCAGAUUUGAUCAAGAAGUGGAAACUGGAUGAGAAAUCUAAAUCAUCAACUGCAGUUCCGAACACUGUAAAAUGUAUGACAUGCAACCAUGUUACUUCAACUCUACCAUCAUCAACAUCAACAUCAGCAUCAAUGCCAGCAGAGACGGCAAAAUCAGCAGAAACAGCAUCAAUCACUUUAAACACUCCAUCCGCAAUGCAACCUGCUUCCACUUUACCUUCUUCACCAUUACCAGUGUCAUCAUCCAAGCCAGCACAGGAAAAAGAUACUUUCAAUGCACAGGAAGCCGAGCGGCCCCAAAAGCUAGAACAGGCUCGACAGCGAUGUAUUUCGGAAGCCAGGAAACAAGAAGAGGAAGCAGCAUUAUUGAAUGUUCGGUUGAUGAUGGUCUGUCGUUUUUCCCAAGAUUUCAAUAGGAGCCAAGUCGCAAUCCGAGAAGCAGUUGAGUAUGCGAGGCAGAAAGCUUCUAGAGAAAAUGGCAGAAACAACAAAAAGAGCAAGAGCCAUAUUAAUGAAUUACCACAGACACCAAAGGAGCAAAAGAAGGCAAUGCAAAAGCUAGCUCGUGAUAGGGCUCGCAUUCAGGAUGUAAUUGAUAAGUACCAUGAACUCGACUUUUUCUUGGACAUAUAUGUACGUCUUGUGCAUAUUAAAAAUGUCGGACCAGAGGGUUCGCAAAUCGACAUAAGGAAGAAUAGCAGAGUGUUAGAAUAUCGCAAGGGUAUUCGAAGCUUAAUUGGAGCAUAUUGGAACAGCUCUCAGCCUCUUAUGCCUGUGUUGAGUUGGGUUCUAAGGAGGCUUGUUGUAGACUAUGACGAAUUGAGCGUGGAAGAAGCCAAGAAGCUAUUAAGGGUCAUGGAUGAAACCUCCAUCGAGGAAAAGCGGGCUUUCCUCAUCCAGCAAGGCCACCGGCUCACACGCGGGAUCACAGAAACCAUGUACGCUUAUAAUGACGACUGGAAAGACAAGCUUGAUCCUUAUGCGGCAAAAGUAUUUGGAGUUUAUGACGACGAUUAUGUGAGUUAUAGUAGUGAUGACGAUUAUGAGGGAUAUAGCAGUGAUGACAAUUAUGAGAAGUAUAGCAGGGAUGACGACAGCAGCGAAAGCGAUGAUGUAUUCUAUUCUGCAGAUGAGGGGAGCAUCUCAAGUAAUGACCAUGAUGAAGAUGUGGAUCUAAGCUUUCCAGACUUGAAGGAAUAUAGCACCGAGGAUGAAAAGGAAGGAACAAGGCGCAUACAUCAGCAGAAGCAGGAAGGGUUGGGAAUGCUGAAAUCGCUGAAGGAGGGGGAAGGAGAAAAAAAGAAAGAGCACGAGCGAACAUCUGAGGUUGACAGCAUCGUCAGAGAGAAAGCAGGAGCAGAGGGGGCUGCCAAGGGAAAAACAGAAACUGGGCAGACCGUUAGAGAGAAAGCAGUGGCCGAGCGGAUUGCCAGAGAGAAAGUAGUGGCUGAAUGGAUAGCUAGGGAGAGAGCAGAGGCCGAACGGGUCGCGAAGAAGGAAGCAAAAGCCGAACGGCUUGCCAAGAUGGAAACCGAAGCUAAACGAAUUGCCAGAGAGAGAGCAGUGGCCGAGUGGAUUGCUAAGGAGAGAGUAGCUGAGCAGGCCGCCAAGGAGAAAGCAGAAGCUGAGAGAAUUGUCAGGGAGAAAGCAGUAGCCGAGCGGAUGGCCAAAGAGAAAGCAGAAGCCGAGCGAACCGCCAGGCAGAAAGCAGAAGCAGAGAGGACUGCUAAGGAGGAAUUGGAAGCCGAAAGGGCUGCUAAGGCAAAAGCUGAAACCGAGCGAAUCGCCAGGCAGAAAGCGGAAUCCGAGAAGCUUGCUAGGGAGAAAGCAGAAGCAGAGUGGAUCGCCAGGCAGAAAGCAGAAGCUGAGAGGAUUGCCAAGGCGAAAGCAGAAGCAGAGAAGAUUGCCAAGGCGAAAGCAGAAGCAGAGAAGAUUGCCAAGGCGAAAGCAGAAGCAGAGAGGAUUGCUAAAGAGAAAAUAGAAGCCGAAAGGGCUGCUAAGGCAAAAGCAGAAGCCGAGCGCAUCGCCAAAGAGAAAGCAGAAGCUGAGAGGAUUGCCAAGAAGAAGCUGGAAAUAAAAGCGCUUACUGAGGAAAAGCAAAAGGCAGAGCGACUUGCCAAAGAGAAUAAAUAUACCGAGUGUGUCGCUAGAGAGAAGGAGGCCAAUCAGGCGCGGCAAAAGGCGAAGACGCAAUCGGUUAUCGGCUCAGAGGAGAGUAAUGAAAGAAAGAGGUACAUCAAGGACUUGAUGGGCUACGAAAAAUGCCUUGCAGAGCUGUGGAAACAGCACAAAUCUAUCAUUUCUCAAAAAAAAAUCACUGAAGUCACGAAAAACAAAGCGGAUAUUGCAUAUAGCGCUGCAAGAGAGACCAUGCUCCAGGCGAUUAAUACAGCAAGGGAUCAGUAUAAUGGAGAGAUCACAAUGAUGCGAGAUGAGCAGAACGAGGAGAAGAAAGAACACGCUUUAGGAUUCACCUAUGUACGGAGUACAACUAAGAAGUCAGUGAAACCCUUUGAUCCAACCUGCGUGCCAGCCAUCGUUGAAGCCACAAAAGCCCUGGCUACAGCGCAGAGUAUGAGGGACAAAGCUAUCCAAAAGUACAAGCAAAUAAUAACUGAAGAAGAGCGAGUAGCGAAUCAGAUUAAACAGCAGAAGGCAGGUCUUCAUGGAGUAGAAUUCGCCAAGAAACGAUUUGAGGCUAAGAUGAAGAAGGAGAAGGAGAAAAAGAAGGAAAAGGAGAAGGAGGAGGAGAAGGAAAAAGAAAGAUUGAGGCAACAAGCUGAGCGAGUUCCUGUCCGACUAUCCAUUCCCAAAGAUACACUCUUUUUUGAUUGGCAAGGUAUCAACCUGACUCUGCCACUAUGGAUAUUUCCCUCCCGCGUGGAGAAGGAAAUGGAUGCCAGAGUUGAUGCGUUACACUCUGGUCUUUUACCUAGUAAAAAAUCCAUGAAAAAACGAAUAGGGCUACUUAAGCGAUUACAGACGAUGUUUGAUAGCGAAUAUCCGCACCUAGAGCUUGAACUGCGACCAUUCGGAUCCUACACGACUGACCUUGGAAACGCUUCUAGCGAUAUUGACAUUUGCAUCUACUCGAACAACUACUAUCCAGACGCUCCACAUGCCAAUGUCCUCUUCUUUGUUAAUUUCCUCCACCGGCAAGGGAUGGAAGAUGUCAAGGCAAUUACAGAUGCCAAAGUGCCAAUCUUGAAAUUUAGGGAUCCUUUGACAAACAUCUGUUGUGACAUGAAUAUUCAAAGACCACUUGGAGUCCACAACUCCCAACUGAUCCGGGCCUAUAUUUCCAUUGAUCCAAGACUUGGCAAGUUUUUGUAUAUACUCAAACACUUUGCUCGAUGUCAUGGUAUCUUGGAUGGUGCCUCGGGCUAUCUCCCUUCUUAUGCUUAUAUUCUGAUGGCCAUUGUCUUUUUCCAAGAGCAAAAGAAUGCCAUCUUACCACGUUUACAGAGCAAGUCAUGUCAGCCGCGUAUAUACGACCAAAAGGGCCAACAUCGCGAACCUCCUCCAACAUUUGGGAAGUAUCAAGCUGCAAACACCGCCAAUGGGGUUUGUCCACCAGUUCAUGUCGUUGAGGACAGUCAGACUUUUGAUUGCUCGUUCGAUACUCGAGUAGAUUUGUAUGAAUCAUACGGACUCCGCAACAAGAAAACAGUCCCUCAGUUACUUUUUGAGUUCUUUGAAUACUUUACGCGCAAGUUCGAUUACCGGACCAUGGAGGUCUCGGCUGCCGAUGGGAAAUUCCAAGAACGACGCUCAUUAGGUCGCCAUAAGUCUCAGGGCCAUACACCAUUUAUUAUAGGAUCCUCUAGUACCAAGUCUGUGUAUGAUCUCAAACGAAAAGUAUGGCUCAGUCCAUCAGAGUCAGCGUAUUUUCAAGAUCUUGACGCCAAUGAUGGCAAGCCUUCUGGAGCUGUACCUGUACCUGGUAUCUCCUCUUUUGGCACAUAUUUGGUUGCAGAUAACCAUAAUAGGGUCACUACAACAGUCAGCAUCAAUGACUUCAAUGGUCGUUUACAUCCACCAGAGCAUUUUGGCACUGAGCCUUUCUUGUGCGUGAUGGAUCCAUUCUUAAACACACACAAUGUUGCAGACACUUGCCGAGGCGAUCGCUUAGCAAGAGUCUGGAGGUGCUUUGACUAUGCCUACAAAUGUAUGGGUCUUGGUCAAUUUGUAGAGAUGUUUGAACCAUUUGAACCAUUUAAAGGCACCAAAACAGCUUCUGCUCGAUCUGUCCAUACUGGCAUUAGCUGAUAGCAUUAAAGGAACCUCAGUUCAGUCAUGCAUUGCAUUAAAUCAAUUGAAUAAACAAGCCAAGAGCUCCCU